GAAGAAAAAAAGGAACAGAAAAGCAGUAAAAAGGAAGUGUCAGGAAAUAUGGAUGAGGGUGCUGAUGACAGUGGCAGUGGUGGAUUGAGUCAGCAGAACAACAGUGAACAAACUGAUAAGCAGCAGGUUUCUAUUAUGGAGAAUGAAGAGUCUCACAGGUUUCGGAGAGUUCUAACAAAGAAGAAAGUCUAUUGCAUGAAAAUUGCAUGUUGUGGGAUGAAAAUGCCAAGCUAAGACUGGAAAUAGACACAGCAAAAAAUCAGGUCCAGGAAAUGGGAAAAAACUGUUUUGAGGAAAUUGCAAUUAUCCAAGAAAAGACUGACCAUCUUGAAAAGACAAUAAGAGAAACAGUAUUUCAACACAAUGAGCAGCUCGAGGUUCGGAGAGCUGAGAAUACUGUGCUAAACAGUAAACUGGAGGAUGAACAACAAAAGAGAGGAAGACUGGAAGCAGAAGUUGAAUCGUCCCGGUCUGGACUGGCUACCGCUGAACAGGAUCAUGAGCGUUGUCAGACAUCAAAAGGAGACCUACAAGUUACUUUCCAGAGAGCAAGAGAUGAAUGGUUUUGUACGGGAAGGUCAUUCUACAUACCAGUUGAAACUUAAAGAACUCCUAAAAGUUGCAAAAAAGAAAUUACAUGAAUGUGAUAAUGAAGAGCUUAGUUUUCCUGGAGAUUCAAAACCAAGUCCAGCUGACAUGGAAAUUCAGUCUAAAAAGCCAAAACAGAAGAAUGAUGAGCUUACAGCAAAACUGCAACCGUCAUCUUCAACAUGUAUACGUCUGGGUGAAGAAAAGACACCUCUACAGCAGUUAGCAAUGGAAGCACUUCUAAAGGAAUGUGAAGAACUAGAGAAUACAGCAAAGAAGUGGGAACAAGAAAAUUUAAACCUCAGAACACAUAUGGAAAGGAAUAUGGUAGAAUCCUGUGUAGCAGAAGAGUAUAAAAAGAAUAUUGAAGAAAGAACAAGACGGGAUGUAGCAGACAAAUAUAAACAAAUCAAUUCAUUUUUACAGACACUAAGAGGAUCUGAAGAAAUCUCAGAGCAGAGGAUAAAUAAUCAGGAUGCAAUAAGAAGUUCUUUGGAACUCAGAAAUAAAGAGCUGAAAUCACAACUCUCCAGAGUGCAAGAUUCUCGAGAUGACAGAAAAAGAGAAUUAGAAAAAUAUGUGCAACUCUACCAAAAACAAGUGAAAGGCAGAAAGCUAUUGGAAAAUCAACUAACUGAGUAA